AACCAAAAAACCUCAUCCAACGAUGACUCUCUUCCUCUCUCCCUUUCCCCCACCACAAUACACCCACCACCAACACCGCGUUCUACCCAAACCCCAAGCAUCAUCAUUCUCCUCGUCCUUCCAGCCAAUACAAUCGCACCCUAAAUCCACAGGUGUCGUCGUCAUUGGAGCUGGCCUUGCGGGUCUUGCCGCCGCCACCCACCUCAACUCCCGCAACAUCCCCUUCCUCCUCCUCGAAGCUUCCGACGCCGUCGGCGGCCGUGUCCGAACUGACGUCGUUGACGGCUUUCUUCUUGACCGCGGCUUCCAAAUCUUUAUCACCGCCUACCCUGAAGCCCAAAAACUCCUUCACUACCCAUCAUUAAACCUCCGCAACUUCUACUCCGGCGCUCGGGUUUAUUACAACUCCCAAUUCCACACUGUCUCCAACCCUUUACGCCACUUCUGGGACUCCAUACAAUCCCUCGCAAACCCCAUUGGCUCGGUUUUCGACAAGCUUCUGAUUGCGCCGACGACGCUUCGGGUCUUGUCCAAAUCCGACGACAAAAUUCUCACUUCGGAAGAGCUUCCCACCAUCGAUUUGUUGAGGAGGUUCGGGUUCUCCGAUUCCAUAAUCAGGAGGUUCUUUCGCCCUUUCUUCGGCGGAAUUUUCUUCGAUAGGGAGCUCGAGACAACGUCAAGGCUAUUCCAUUUUAUCUUCAAGUGUCUUGCCCUCGGCGACAAUGCACUUCCGGCGAAUGGUAUCGGCGCAAUCCCCGAACAAUUGGCGGCGAAAUUGCCACCCAACUCGAUCCUGUUGAAUUCCAAAGUCGUUUCCGUCGAUAUUAAAGAACCGGAUUCGGGUUCGGGUUCGCCGAGUGUGAGGCUAGAGAACGGCGAAGUUAUUAGGAGCGAGCUUGGUGUUAUAGUGGCCGUUGAAGAACCCCAAGCGGUUAAGCUUUUGCCGGGAAGUAGCGAACCGGUAACGGUGAAGCAAAAACCAGCUCGAAGCACGGUUUGUUUGUAUUUUAGUAUGGAUCGGAGUCAAGUCCCGGUCCGAGAUCCAGUGUUGUUUCUAAACGGGUCGGGCAUGGGCAUUGUGAACAACAUGUUCUUUGCUACAAAUGUGGCUCCGUCGUAUGGCCCAGUGGAAAAGGCUCUGGUCUCGGUGUCGUUGAUCGGGAUGUUUGAGGGCAUGUCUGAUGAUGAUCUGAGGGCUGAGGUUAUCCGGGAGCUGUCGGGAUGGUUUGGGGAUUCAAUGGUGGGGUCGUGGAGGCACUUGAGAACGUAUCGGAUCGGGUUUGCACAACCCGAUCAACGGCCUCCAACGGAUUUGAUGAAGAAUCCUAGAAUCGGGUCGGGUGUGUACGCGUGUGGUGACCAUUUGACUUCGGCUACAUUUGACGGUGCUUUGCUUUCUGGGAGAAGAGCAGUAGAAGCUUUACUCAGAGACAAGGCCUUGGUUCGGGGUUAAGAUUUUUAUUUUUAUUUUUAUUUUUCUUUUAAUUUUUUAAAGAUGUGAUUAUUUUGUUGGCUUUUCUAUUGUUAUUUUUUGGACAGACCAUAUCUGUA